AUGACCACAAAAAUUGCAACAGUAGCCAACUUGGCUUUUCAUGCAUUUCAACAACACUCAAUACGUGCUGCAUUGGGCCCAGCAUCAGCUAAUAUUAACAAUGGGAUGGGGGAUUCUCAUCCUUGUACAAAUGGCAAUUCUCCAACACAUUCUGACAAGCCCGUUUCCCCAACUCUUCCGGUAAAACAUAAACAUUUAUCGGAAUCUUUAUGUCGUUUGCUAGCAUGUGUUCGCUCUCUUACUCCAAAAGAUGUUGGGUUUGAUGUUCGAUGGAUCUCUGAUUCAAAUAUAUCAUCUGCUCCAGUCGCUUAUGUGCAUAUUAUGGAAAAUGAAGUAUUUUCCAUGGGUAUUUUUAUUUUGAAACCUGGCUCUCGUAUACCCUUACAUGAUCAUCCGGGAAUGUAUGGAAUUUUAAAAGUUUUAACCGGUUCUGUACGAUGUCGUAGUUUCACACGAUUGAAAAAUGUCAAAUCAACAACAGAUUUAGGAAAUUAUAAACCAUCGUUAUCGGUUUUUGAUGAUUCAAAAUGGCAGUUGACCGACUUAAUCAUUGCUCGACCACAUCAAGAUACAGUCCUAUCUCCGGACCAUCAACCUUGUUUGCUUUUUCCAAUUGAAGGUAAUUUACAUGAAAUUACUCCAGUUGAUGGCCCGGCAGUUUUUCUCGAUAUACUAGCUCCUCCGUAUGAUCAUGAUUUAGGAACCAGAGAAUGUCGAUUUUAUAAAGAAGUCAUCAUACCACAAAUGAACUCUAAUUCACUAUUAUCACAGAACAACUUGCAUAAUAACAAUAAUAAUGAAGAACUCUCAUCUUCAGCUGAUUCUUCAGAUCCUGAUCAAUGCACAAAUCAGUCAGAAAAAGAUUCAGUUGUUUAUUUAGUUGAAACAAACCAACCAUCAGAUUAUUGGUGUGAAUCUGCGGAAUAUAAUGGACCUAGUGUAGUUUAGUAUUACUGAAGAGUGUUUUUUGUUAGAAAGAAAAUAUUGAAUUUUUUUCCCGUGGUUCUUUAAUUCUACUACAUCAGCUUAUCACAUUCACUAUUUCUAAGAACUUAC